AUGCAGGGGCCCAGUAUUAGCCAGGCACACGGCUUCAGCCUUCUCUCUAUCAUGAAUGCAGGCAGCGCAAUAGGGCGCGUGUUCCCCGGCCUAGCUGCAGAUAUAGCAGGGAGAUACAACCUGCUCCUCCUCUUAUCGUCCUCGAGCUUAUUCACGCUCGAGCUCUGGCUCACCCAGAUGCACUUCCAGGACCUCAUCGCUUAUGCAAUGAUAUACGGCUUCUUUUCUGGAUCUAUCAACUCUCUAAACGUGCCAUGCAUCGCCCAGAUCUCGCGGAUUGAGAAGAUUGGCACGAGGAUUGGGAUGGCGUAUAGUAUCAUGUCAUUUCCUGCUCUCGUCGGCUCCCCGAUCGCUGGUGCGCUUCUGACAUGCGCGCACGGGGACUACAACACGAUGAUCAUAUGGACAGGCGUGACCCUGCUCGUGGGGAGUGCCCUGCUGUUGGUGGAGGAGCUUGUCCUCAACAGAAACCCCCUUGUCAAGGUCUAG